AUAGCAGGUGUCGUCUGUUGACGGCGGCCAUCACAGUCGCCAUCAUAACAUCACAACAUCAGGACGCACCGCGGCUUGCACACCAUCCUACGCAGUUGGCACACACUGCUGUUCCAAAAACCACGAUGAAGCGGUUGUUGUGUGGGAUUGUGAUAACAGCUUUUAUGUGUUGGACGUCUUUUGCUGAUCUUCGAUACCGCUGUCCAAGCAGUCUAAAGAUCAAUGGAUAUAUACACAUCUUUCGAGAACAUUGCUUUGAGUUUAUUCUACGUGAAACUACCUGGGACGGUGCAUCUAAUGACUGCAAGUCAAAAGGUGGACACCUGGUAGUAAUUCGCGACAAGGACACCCAAAACUUUAUCAUGUCCACCCUGAGAACCUUACAGUGGCCUAGAAAUGGCAUUUGGCUUGGUGCAACAGACAGGAGCAGUGAGAUGCGCUGGUCCUGGGUGACUGGAGAAUCAGUAAAUGCAGGAUUUUCCUACUGGGCACCUAGUCAGCCAAGCUGCCACCUUCUGUGCUUUGAAGAUUGUGCUUUGAUGCGUUUGGAUGACAGAGGGAGAUGGCAUGACUAUCACUGCAGCUGGAUUGAGAACUAUUCUUACAUAUGUCAGUAUGCAUUUAGGCCAGUCACUUCAACACCACAGAGGACUACCACCACCACUACCGCCACCACAACAUCAACUGUUGUUCAGUAUAAAUCCAUUGUCAAGUCAACGCCUGUUACGACUUUGUCACCAGACGAAACCAGGACAGUUAUGUCUCUCUCAAGCACAACAGUCAAUGAAUCCUUUCAGCAACUGCUUUUGGAGAAGCCCAACAUACAAGUUCAGUUAUUGGGUAAUGCUCAUAUGACAGGAGCUGUCGAAGACAGUCAGGAAUCUGAUGUCCACGCAGGUUCACUGGUGGGUUUGGUGAUGGGUGUCCUGUUUGGCUUAUGUGUGGGACUGUGUCUUGCAAUUUUCUUCUUUGCUCACAAAAAAAAGAAGCAGAAAGAAGAGUUGCCCACUGUGGUGUUUGCCAACCCCUAUUAUGGUGAGUGUGGGAUGCCUCUGAAUGUUGCUGCUGCUGAUGUGGAUGCAGAGGGAGAUGAAUGUUGCUUCGGAGCUGCAGGUGGUACUGCCACCAUGACUACAACCAAAGAGCAGUUGGGGUACCUUCCACAAGCCAGCACUGCGCACCACUUUGUUAAAGUGCCACCCAGCUCAGCAAGAAAAGGACAUCACUUGGCAUUAUUGAAGACUGAAGUUUGUAGACAUGGAGAUGGCCAGCCUUCUUACAACAGGGAUUUGACCAGCCAGGACAGAGAGUUGUAUGGCCGGGAGGUGGAUGGGCUUAUAGACAAUCACUAUGACUACACAACAGGAGAAAACUACUACGAGUCUCUGGAUAACCUGCGGCAGACGAUGGAACAGAAUCUUCAGAAUGAACACCUGGAGGAUGACCAGCGCUAUGUCCCUUUUGUCUGUGGACCACGUGCUAACCACUAAAGGCAGUGCUUUUUUGUGGUGUUGCACUUUUCUGCUGUGGGGAAACUGACAUAACAUCUGGAUAAGUUAGGAAACUGAGAGUUUGCAGUUUAGGUGCUCCAGAAAUAAGCCGUUUACUUCAUGGGCAAGCUUAUUGAAACUUGUGAGCUCACCCUGGUUCUAGCUUCUACUACAAGAUUUAUACCACUGCCAAAGGUUAUGGAGUAUUUUUAAACAGCAUGCUUAUUGGGUGUAACUACCUAGCUUUUCUUGCAUUUCUCUGUUUGUAGUAUCAUCACUUUUUCACACAUUCAUAUAUUUGUGCUCCACAGUCCAAGCAAUCAACCUGUGAAGAAUUAUAGCUGGAUACACUGCAACCCAUCCUGUAGCCCACACUACAGCUCACUCUGUAACUCUCAUGAUCUCAUUAUAGCUCCCUGCAGCUCACACUGCAGGUAUGCAACUAUACCCAAGCACAGUCUGUAUGAAAGCACACAAUAUUUGGAGUCUUCCCUAGCUUUGCAAGUGAAAGUCAGGUCUUGUAGGGCAAAUUCUAAUAAACUGAAAACAUCUUUUUCGGCAUAACACUUUUUUCAUUUCUAAGGAUACAAGUAGACACAGUUUAAAAUUCUAAAUUAAUAUCUUAUUGUAAUGGAUGCAGUUACAUUAGGAUGUUAAUUUAGAAUUUAUUUAACAUCAACUGUCACAACUCACUGUGGCAGUGUUUUCAUUAUGAGUCCUGAGUAACAUUACUGUAGGUUUCUGUGGCAGUUUGUUGAAGGACAAAGUAACAUGUUAAUAGUGUCUUUCUGGGUGGACAGCGAUGAAUAAGGAAAGAUUUUAGCUGAUUACUAAAUUCUUUAGCAGGUUGUUAUUUUAUGGUAUGAGACAAAAUCUCUUGCUAUAACUGAGUACUUUUAAAAUGCAUGUGCAUGACUGCGCACACACACACACUGCUGAUUGCCAAGCCCACCAUGUGUUGUCUCAGAUGCACAGUCUUCAGAAGUAAUGGUUUGAAGGUUAGCUCAUGAUACAAUUUGUACACCCUGAAAUAUAACUCAUGGUAAAUACAGUGUAUUCGCUCUGAAGUGUAACUUGUGGUAAAUACAAUUUGUACACCCUGAAGUUAUAACUCAUGGUAAAUACAAUGUUUACACUCUGAAGUAUAACUCAUGGUAAAUACAGUGUGUAUGCUCUGAAGUGUAACUUGUGGUAAAUACAGUUUGUACACCCUGAAGUGGGUUUUUCAGGGUAUGACUGGACAGCAAUUAUGGACAUAAUAUGAGGUCAGUUUGUAGCAUGAUUGUUGGACAAGCCUAAUGCUUGUGCUGAACCAAAAAUCAAACUGCAUUUGUCAAAAUGUAAAGGAGGCAGCUAGUCAUGCUCAGCAUGUGAGUAGUGUAUCAAAGUGGAAGCUUAUGUGCUAUGAUCAAGAAUAUUUUGUUUAUGAUUAAGAAUAUUUUGUUUUAAAGUUUUGGCCUUUUAUAGUUUUGUAAUAAAGUCUUAUUUGUAAGCAGUGAGAAAUAUGCUGAGGUAUACUAUUUAUAUUCUUCUUGUUCCUAGUCGCCCCCAGUGGAGCAUAGGGCCGCAGUACUAUUUAUAUAUAACAAAUAUUUUGUUUUAAAAAAGAUAAAAUUUAAAUUGUUUUGAUUAUAUAGAGUUUUGUCUUUUCUUUUUUUUUUGAAUGUAAUUUUAUAAAAACGGGUAACUAGUAAAACCAGUACAUUGUGGGCACGACGAUGAAUGUUUUUACUUGAAACAACAUAACUGAUUCAAAUAACUACAAACAACAUAAAGCAAGUGCUUAACUCAUUCAAAUAACUUCAUUAGAAAUUAUUCCUUCGCUUACUACCUAAAGCUCACUUACCCAAUGAGGAACAGACAGUCCAAGGGCACUAUUAAAUAACCUAUGUUUAGGAAGAACUUGGAGGUCUACAGAGACCCAACACUGAAUUUCUUUCAGAACUAUGUAAAAAAAUGUCAUCAAAUCAAACUUUAUUGUCUGAGUGAGGAAGUCCAAGACAAAUUUGUCUUUUGCUCACAAGCUCAAUCACAUGUACACAUAUAACAUGUGCAUAAGAAACAUAAUAUGAGCAUAGCAAACAAAUAUCUAACCAGCUGCUUAUGCAGAUCAACGUACAGAACAAAGACAAACUUUAUGUAUCACAGGCUGAGGGGGAAUUUUAUCAAAGUAUAUUAGAUGACCCAUGGUUUUUGACGCACCAGUUCUGAGAGCUACAGCCUUGUUAUUCUAAAUUUCUCCAAGAAGGCACAACCCAAGCUCUGCAGACAUGCACAUACUUGGGGCUUUGGAUUGUUAGUCUCUGGAACAGUCUACUUAAAGUAAUGAUCCAAGCUGUCAUUGCAUGGUUUCAAUAGGUGCUUAGACAAGCAUUUUGCAUUUCAGGUUUAGAUCAAGUUUCCCAUUUGUCCAGAGCAUUUCAGACUAAGUUCUCACUGGAAGUGGAGUGCAGUCCCACAAAAGUUUGACACAGACUUCUAUUUUCCUCAAGGAGUAACAAGAAAUAAACUAAGCUUGAUAGGCCCUAAGCUUUCUAGGACACAUACCUUCAUUGCUUUACGUUCUACUCUUGUACCUCAUCUUGAUGUUGUUCAGCGUGUCUAUAUGUACCUCACUGUCCACUGCUGUUAUCUUGUACCUCAUCUUGAUGUUCAGUGUGUCUAUACAUACCUCACUGUCCACUGGCUGUUAUCUUUCAUUUAUUAUGAUUGGUCUGUGCAUCUGUCUUGGUUGUGAUGCUGCGCAUUAAAAGUUAACAUUAAUAUUAUAUACUAUAUAAUAUGCCUAUAUACCUAUAAACAAAGUGGAGCAAAUGUUAGAGAAGAUUAAACUGGUUUAGUAGAUUUUGUAGCACGUGUAUUGGUUUAGUAGGUGAAUGAUUGGAGAGACUUAAAUAUUUUGUAAAUGUUUACUGACAUGGUCAUUUGAUCCUUGUUUGAGCUUAUUAGUGCUAGACAGUCUUGUUUUGUAAUCAUUUUAUUGUAUGCUUAUUUAUAAUUUUACUUUAGUCAUUGUCUUUAUUGUUUGCUUAUUUAUAAUGUUAGAUUAGUCAUUGUCUUUGUUGUGAUCAUCAGUCAUGUAAAUGGGUCUGUUAAUGUGAUCACUAGGCUAGAAAUAUGUAACUUUGGUCACAAGUGAAUUGACUGUGCUUAAUCAUGCUUGAUAAUUUGUUAAUGUGAUACUUAGUUUGUAUUUUGUCAGUACACAUGAAAAUUGGUUGUGGCGGACUGUGGACAAUUGUUGCCAUAUGCUCCUCCAGCAGUAACAAGGAAUAAACAAAAACUCAGACUGAAGGCAAGGCAAGACAGCUUCAGUUUAGUGGCUUCGUCAUAUUGCUAGGUUGUGAUAAUUUUUUGUGUCUUACAGUCAGCUAGCCAGAGGCUGGACUGUGACUCACUACAGUUUCAGCAAGUUCAGGCAGGUGUUUUUAUUUUUUGUUGUUUUGUUUUCUUAGUUUUAAAAAUUGAGAGUGUCAAAUUUUGUUAAUUUGCAGAUCUGUUGAAAGCUGAAAGAUAUUAAACCUCCAGGAGUGUAAUGUCUUACUUAAGUAGAAAAAGUAAUUAUGUGCAAUUUAAUGGUUUCUGUAGUUGAAACUGUGAAAGAUACAGUAUCUGAAUUUUUGCUUUGCAUCAAGGUUUCUUAUCUACAAAAUCAUUAUGCAGAUGUCAUAAAACAUCUGGUGUUGAAUUUGAUGUAAAGUUUAAGGUUUGUCCUAUUAUCUGAUCUUUUUAUUAUAUAAUGGUACUGUCAGGCCAGUCACCCUACUCUCUGUAAUCAUCAGUCAUAAAGUGACACCUGAAUAUUGUUGUCUCUCUUGUUCACUAGAAGUGGCCAAAUGAUAAUGAUGAAACAAAGAACCAAUCAUGUUGUCAUAUUGGUCACAUUGGUAAUAACAAAACAACAGGACAAACUGUCAUAAGUAAUAGUGGCCAGAUUGUUUCUUCAUUUAGUGUUUGACUGGUACCAGUGAUAACCGGCCAUUCUUUUCUGCCUAGAUUGGUCAUUGGAAGAAGAUGCUACAAAGACAGAGCUUGCGACUCUGACUUUCUUGUUCUGACCAGGUUUCUGGCUUGUCAAGCAGUAGUCAGUCCUUCAUGCUAUGGAACAUGUAUGAUAGUUGUAUCAGUGAAGCUUUACACAUCAGAAUAUGUAUUAUCUGUUAAUAGCAUUAUGGCUUACGCGUUGGAACAUGUAUAACAAAUGACAAAUCUUCAUCUACGAGGGUGACAGAAUAAGCAACGGUUAUGCUUUUGUACAUCUAAUUGAGCUUGAGAGACCCUUUUAUUGUGUUGGUAGAGAAGAUAUAGAAAGUUAAGGGGUCAUUUUGUCUGUUAAUAUUUUAAAGAUGAACAUACUCUUGUUUGAUUUUAGUCUGGUUAGCAGCCGUAGAAUCCCUAGAGACUGGAAAUGGCGAGUCUGUAUUUUCAGUUUGAGUAAAACUGAUUUGAUAGCCCUUUUUUGAAUGUUAAUAAGUAGCCUCAUCAAAGCACCGCUAGCAGAGUCCCACAGGGGGGAAGGUUCUGUCUCUUUUGUCGUGUUGUUAUUAGCAUGACUUCUGUUUUGAUAGGGUUAAGUGUCAUGUGAUUUAGUUCACUCCAGGACUGAAGCUCAUCAGCACUUUAUUGUACUGUGUGAGAGCUGCCAAUGGCAAUGUUUGCGACUUGCUUGUAUUGUUGUGUCGUCUGCAAACAUUUCACAUGAUCGUAAGAUAUGAAGGGGAUGGUUAUUUAUUAGACCCAGAACAGAAGAGGACCUAAGACUUAGCCUUGUUGGACAUAGAUUUCACUUCAACGGGAUCCAACAAUUGAUUUUUCACGGUCACUCUCUGAGUUCUGUUUCAGAGAAAAGGAUUUAAGGAAUAGGAUGGAUGGAGCAGUUGCUAAGAUUGUAAAGUUCUAAUUUUUUAUUAGCAGGUCAUGAUCACUGAUGUCAAAAGCUUUGGCAAAGUCUACAAAGAGAACUGCAGUAUAAUGAUUGUUAUGUUGUUUAGCCACUGUUGUUCUAGAGAUGUUAGUGCCACGUGGCAAGAGUGUUUGGGUCUAAAUCCUGAUUGACUGGUAUGGAGAAGUUUAUGUUUCAUUAGGCAUUUGGAGGUGAGUGUGAAUGUGUUUUUCCAAGGGUUUGGAGAGUGAUGAAAGAAUUGAGUUGAUUGUUCUUUCAGUGAAGCUUUACACAUCAGAUAUGACAUGCAUUACACAUAGCAUGAGCUGCUGAUAUCAGAGAUGUUUACAUGUCAAAACAUGAUUUGUGGACGUCAACACAUUUUUAUUGCGUAGGAAUACUGGGUGCUGUCCUUUUUGUGCAGAGGUGUAAAAUUGAGCAGGUGUUGUCUUUCUGCCUGUUGUCUAGAAUUGGGAGUUCUAUUUUCCAGACAAGAGGCAUUCUGUCCUGAUGUCAUAAACUCCAUCGUAUAUUAUCUCCCAAUACUGUUUGCAUCAGCUUGUUAUAAUUUGGUGUUUGCCACUAAUAUGUUCUACUGAAACUUUAUCAGGGUUCAGUCAUUUUUUUAACUGUAUCGUUGGUUGUAUGAUGACAUAUAUUCUUGUGUUCAUCAUGUCACUUUAACAACCACAGGUUUUUUGACACGUUUAUUAGCUAUAACUGUAAAGAUCAUCGAUUUCCUUUAAAAGUCAUUGAGUGCAUGGUGCUGCUUUUUAAUUUAUUGGUUCGUGUCGCCGCAUAAUUGUAGUGUAGGGUAUAAUUAUAUCAUUGUAAAGAUAGCUGCUUUUGUGAUUCGAGGUCGUACAAUGUAUACAUUAAGGUUACUGUUGAGGUCAAAGCGAUGUGUUUAAUGUAUGUUACUGUAGGAUUACUGUUUAGUGGUAAUCUUAGGUCACAGUAAAGAUCACACCUUACA